AAUUAUAAACUAAAAAAUAAAAAAAUCGGCAAAAGUUUUUUUUUUUUUGUUUUCUCUCUCUCUCUAAAGCCUAAAAAAACAGAUGGAACCCAAUGAAACCCAACGACACUACUUCACCACCAACACCUCCACCACUGUCACCACCACUCCUUCACCGACCAAUGGGCUUCUGCCCCCUAAUGAAAUUGGAGGGUCCCACCACAUGGUGUACCCUCACUCCGUGCCUUCGGCGGUGACGUUGCCCUUGGAGCCUGCUAGGAGGAAGAGAGGGAGGCCUAGGAAGUAUGGCACCCCGGAACAGGCCAUGGCCGCUAAGAAAACGGCGUCGUCGAGCUCCAAGGAACGGCGAGAACAGCAGUUGGCUCUUGGUGGCGGCGGUGGUUCGCUUUCUGGGUCCUCUAAGAAGUCUCAGUUGGUUGCUUUAGGCAAUGCAGGUCAAGGUUUUACUCCACAUGUUAUCAAUGUAGUUGCAGGAGAGGAUGUUGGCCAAAAAAUAAUAAUGUUCAUGCAACAAAGCAAGCGUGAAAUAUGUAUUUUGUCUGCAUCUGGCACGAUCUCUAAUGCAUCUCUCUGCCAGCCAGCAACAUCAGGCGGUAACAUUGCAUAUGAGGGCCGGUUUGACAUCAUUUCACUCUCUGGAUCUUAUGUUCGGACUGAAAUUGGAGGGAGGACUGGUGGGCUCAGUGUAUGUCUAUCAAGUGCAGAUGGCCAGAUUAUUGGAGGAGGAGUUGGUGGACCUCUAAAGGCUGCUGGCCCGGUUCAGGUUAUUGUUGGUACAUUUAUGAUUGACAACAAGAAGGACGUUAGUGCUGGUGCAAAAGCUGAUGCCUCUGGCAGCAAGUUGCCAUCUCCGGCUGGUGGGACUUCAGUAUCUAAUGUUGGCUUUAGCUCCGGUUUUGAAACUUCAGGAAGAAAUCCAAUUGGGGGAAAUGAUGAUCAUCAAAGUUUUGGAGGAAGUCAUUUCAUGAUGCAACCGCGUGGCAUGCAUAUGGCACCUCGGACCACAGAUUGGAGGACUGGUCUAGAUGAUAGAACUGGUUUUGAUUUGACAGGUCAUGGAGCUCAUCAAUCUCCAGAAAACGGGGACUAUGACCAGAUUGCAGAUUAGAUAUUUGUUUUGUCAUAGAUAUUUAAAUCACAACUUUCUUACAAGGAACGAAUAGAUGUACAACUUCUUGGCCCUUGCACCUUGCACCUUUCCAGGAGUGUAAUAUGACAUACCUGUACAGGUCGGCCCAUUACUCUUUUGUUAGUUGACACCGAUUACUGAUUAGAUUAUGCACCAUAAAGUAAGGAGAUAACCUUUGAAAAUGCUAGUCCUUUGCUUAAUUGUUGAAA